UACUGUUCCGGUGGCCGAGUAGCAGCCGGGAAGGGGGGCCAGGAUGGUCUCGACCUUCCUCCUAGCUCAAGGCCCGCCGGGGUGGGGAAGGGAGGAGGAAAGAGGAUUUGGGGACUUCGAAACGGGAGCUGAAGGGGAGAGGGCCUAUGGUGAUGGAGUCUAGUCUGGGCAGUGUAGUUUCCUAAAGAAUGGUCUCAGGAUAACUUCUUGGUAAAUCUACUGAACUUUCAGACGGCGCUCGCCCAUUGGAAGGCUUUUUGGACCCGAGUUAUGUGCAUUUUCCAGCCGAAAUGAAGUUCAAUCCCUUUGUGACUUCUGACCGAAGCAAGAACCGGAAAAGGCAUUUCAAUGCGCCUUCCCACAUUCGCAGGAAAAUUAUGUCUUCCCCUCUUUCUAAAGAGCUGAGACAGAAAUACAAUGUCCGAUCCAUGCCCAUCCGGAAGGAUGAUGAAGUUCAGGUUGUACGAGGGCACUACAAAGGGCAGCAAAUUGGCAAAGUAGUCCAGGUUUACAGGAAGAAGUACGUCAUCUACAUUGAACGAGUGCAGCGGGAGAAGGCUAAUGGCACAACUGUCCACGUGGGCAUUCACCCCAGCAAGGUGGUUAUCACCAGACUAAAACUGGACAAAGACCGCAAAAAGAUCCUCGAACGUAAAGCCAAGUCUCGCCAAGUAGGGAAGGAAAAGGGCAAAUAUAAGGAAGAAACAAUUGAGAAGAUGCAGGAAUGAAGUGAUCUUGUUUACAACUUUCAUUAAAAACUGUUAAAAUGAA